UUUCCCCUCCCCCCCCCCCCAUACAACUGGGUUUUUCUUCUUUUUCUCUAUCAAUAUGGAUCUGCGACAGCCUCAGGAAGAUCCUAUGUAUAUCAAAGCCUGUGAAAUGGCAUGUAAAUUAUUAGAUGCCUCAGAACGAUUUAUAAAUGCUGUCAAUCACUUGCAACAGUCGAUAGAUCAAAAGACAGUCGACCAAGACACUAUCUACAGUCCAUUAAGACAGGCCAUUGAUCAAUAUGAACAACUUCAAAUGAUCAACAACGUAUUAAAAGCGAUUUAUCCUUCUAUUCAAAAUAUACAACGACAACAGUCUUUAGAGUCUGCCACAGUGUCUGCUACCAACACAUCGACUCAUCAUCUGUUACGCAUCCAUCAGUUAAUCACGACUCAUUCACCUAAUGCGUCCGACAUGGUAAAGCAAGAACUUGUAUAUGUCAGUCGUCAGUUACAACAGACAGUGGAAGUGACUAAAUCAGAACAAAUGGAUCAAGUCCAUUGGCAAGAUCCAAUCCAACGCGCUUCUCCAUUGUCAAGAAACGUGUCUCCUAUGCAACAAGGUUCUCCGAUACAAAAAUUGCAGCAUGUAUCUAUACCACUGCGCUAUGAGCAACCACAGGUGCCUGCUGUACAGAUGAAUUCAUUGACAACACAAGCAUCUCCCACACAGCCAUUACCAAUACAAUUGACAACACAUGGACAACCCAGUGUGAUUGUUGUCACUCAACCUGCUCCUGUGUCUAUUCCGGAUGCUUUUAUGCCUGUUCAGUCGGAUCCUGUACCUAUUCCAAAUGUGCCUGCUACUGUAGAGCCAAAGGCUAGCGUAACGUCUCCUCCUCCACCUGUUAGUACUACUUCUUCGCCUCCUUCACAAGCCUCGGAAGUCUUUUUAACAUCUCAAUUCCUUGAGCAAUUUGAAGCAACAGCGACUCAAUUUGCCAGUCUGAAUUCCAUUCAUAUCAAUGCUGUCUGGGAAUCCAUGCUGGUCCAUGCUUUACCUUCUGACCAGAUCGAAUGGGCUAAACAACACUUACUUAACAAAGACUAUACAUGGGAAAAGGCUAAACAAAUCUUUAAGCGACAAUUCCCCGAUGCAUCGCGUAGUAUUUCACCUGUAGCACGAGUGAAGCAAAAACCACAAGAAGAAACAAUGCCUUUAAGCAUGGACCAUGAAUUUACUUUACCCAAAAGCGACAACACAAGACGCAUGGCAGUCUAUGCUGAGCAUUUACUUGGUCUGGAAAUGAAGUUGUAUGAUAAUAUUGAUGAAUACAACAAUCGAUACUCACGGUAUUGUCGUAUUGCCCAAAUGGAUCUUCAUGAUCCUUCUCUUAUGCAGCGUUAUGUAAGAUCUCUGAAAUCAUGCAAAUUGCUUCCCUUAGUAUCAAGGCACAUGAACUCAAAACAAAUCCUAAAAAGACACUAGUACCUUACAGUCAAAACUGUCCACAUCAAAGAUCUACCAUGUUGUCCUUUUUAAGUCAAAACAAGAGCAAGAGUAGUGAACCUUUUCAAGGCCAAAAACGAUCUAUGCCUUUCUCUGAUAGUAAAUCUACCAAGCGACCAACCAUCUUUUAAAUACCCCUCCCUUCCCCCUUUAUGAAAAAAUUAAUAAUAAUAGUAUGUUUAAAAAGGCGCAUUUAAAAAAAGCCACAUUUUCAUUUUUUUCUUUUCUUUU